AUGACGGCCAAAGCGCCCCUCCAUUUAUCUCCAAAACAAUUAUCACCAAUUCUUUCUGUGGUUGUAUGGAAUGUCGAUAAGGUGAUGGCAGCAGUCAUGGCAGAGCCUAUGGGGGCUCAUUAUACAAACGAAAUAUCUUCGUCCGCAUCCGAACCGAAAAGACAUUCGGCAUGCGACGAGUGCAGGAAACGAAAGCUCAAAUGCUCAGGGGAGCUUAGCGGUUGCUCCCGCUGCUUGAAGCAGUCGAUAACAUGCAACUAUUCAGUACAGAAGCCGAUGGGUCGACCACCCAAGAAGAGAGCGCGGGCGGACGAUGAUGGCGGCGAUAUUUCUAUGCAAGGCAACAAUAUGUGGCCCACCCCAGAAGAUACACCACCGGAGUCUUUCACCAUGGCACAGGAGCCGGCUGCAAUGACCGACGCUCAGUAUCUGUGUCCACAGUUCUUCGUUCACCACCGUGGCACAACACAGUCAUCGGAAUCGGAUCUGCUCACUGGCGACGAAGACCACAACCACAGCUGGCGCCCUGAUCGUCUAAGGAAUUCCAACAUGCCAGUUUACGAGACUUCAAGUCCCUGGCCGGACUUUGCAACAGUCUCCGAAUCAUCAUCGAUGCCAUUACCACCUCCAACAAACUUCCUCAGCGCUCAUUCUUUACCUCUGACACCUCCAAUGACCAACCUCGCCGAUCCCACCACUCCUCAAUGUACAUGCCUGUCAUAUCUUUACCUCUGCCUCAGUCACAUAUCCUCCAUCGCCUCUUUUCCCGUCAAUUCUCAUACGCUAUGCUCUUUAUACAUCGCAGCCAGAACCGCGCAGGACGUGAUCCGCUGCGAAGCGUGUCCCAAAAAUUUUGCUACGGGCGUUCAGAACGUCAUGUUCACUGGUACCCUACUUACAGUCGUCGCAGACGCUUGGCUGCGAGUUUACAACAGCGACGCUGCCGAACUGGGGGCACAGUCCGCACCACCAGAGUUUGCGACCAAAGUGAUGCAAUCCCCCAACCCCGCAGAGGGGUGGAAGAGUUGGCUCCGUCAGAUCGUCCGCCGUGCUGUCGUCGGCGGAUCUCUGAGUCCAGAGGCCGGGACCCGCUGUUCCGGACAGCGCGACCUUCUCUCCUUGAUCAGAGAAGUUGAAAAUCGCCAACGGCGCUGGCAUGCACCUGGACAGCACCCGAUGACAGGAUACAACCCCAUGCAUUCCUCGGCUGUCGGGCUCAAUCAGAAUGAUGAAGAGUGUACCGAUGAAAAGGAGCUGUUGUGUAUGCGCGUGGUUGGGAGCGCGCGAGCUGUUCUCUCGAAAUUCAAUUUCGAGCCUUCUGACUUCCCUGAAGGGGUUAUACCUGAUGAUAUGAAACGAAUACCGCAUCCAUGA